UGAGGAUAUUGAAGAAGCAAAUAGUUUUGAAGAAAUCGGAAAAGCAGAUAGCCCUGAAAAAAUCGAACUGUUAAUCGAUCAAGAAAUCGGAUUUCCAAAUAACCAAGAUUCUAUUAUCCAAUCUAUCGAAGUACCUAAAGAAGUUAUCCAAAAAAUGCCUCAAAUGGACACCGCAGACCUAACAAAAAUUCUUGGAGCUGUUAAGGAUGCGUUUAAAGAUAUUCAACCGCCCAAUCGAAGAAUUGACGAAUAUCAAAUACCAUUUGUACCUGGAAGAGACGAUCCACUGGCUUACCUCGAAUUAUUAGAAGCACGAUUCCGCUUCAAUGGCGUGAAAACUUUCGAGCAAAGAAAAGAUAUUCUUCUCGGAAUAUAUCAAGGACAAAUGAAGGAUUGGUUGGAGAAACAACUUGGAAAUAAUGCGUUUGGCGACAAGAUUACUAAUUGGGCCGAGGAAACCGACAAUGUAUUGGAAGAUUCUUCUUUCAAAAAACAGUUUUUGGAAAAAUUUAUGACGCCGCUCCUCCAACGUAAAAUGCGCCAACAAUUAAAAAAUUUAACGCUUAAUCCGAACGAGAUGGUAGAUGCAUUUGUCAGCAGAAUGCACCGAUUGCACAAAAGUCUUGGAAUAAACCCAUCUGAAAACGAACUUGUCCAA